AUGAACCAUGUUGGUGACGACCCGGUCUCUGGUAGCCUGGCCACUUGGGCAAAGGCCAUGGAAAUUUGCAGGGGAUCCGAGUUUGGUAGAGGCCAGCGCGUGCAAGCGGUUUUUGGCAGGGUGUCAGAGACCCGGGCUUUGAAGCAAAGCCAGAACACCGCGGCAGGUUGGUGGGGCCGCGCGCGUAGAGGCAUUACCAGACUGCAGGCGGGUUUGAGAGGCGAAUUGUGGCAGAGCACGCGUGGCAAUGCACAGGAGGCUGAUGCCUUCUUCUGCACGGGGGAUUGGAGCUCAGCGGCCAGGCUCUUUUGCACGCAAGUUUGUGAUGCAUUCCAUGCAAAGCAAGCUGAGGGGCUGCAGCAGCUUGCAGUGCAAGCGCAGGCGCAUGAGGCUGAGGCACAAAUAACCCAGAGCCGCAACAGUUUGCGGGACUUUCGCAAAUGGUUGAAGGCCGGUUCGAUGCGGGGCAUGCGGCCUCUCUUCAGAGCUUUGUCCAAAGCCGAGUGUGUGCACAGCCGUCCUUUCGCCGAUCAUCCGGUUGCUGAGCGGGCCAACCUCAGGCGGAAACAGUGGGUAGAGAUUUGGGGCGAAGCCGAACAUUGUCCAUGCCUGAGUGAGACACUGGUUCACAAGGCUAAGAGCUGUCAGCUUCGGCCCAUUGCAGGCUCGGAGAUCUCAUCGGUGAUACAUAAGGUUGCCGAUAAAGCCGGAGGUUUGGAUGGCUUAACGUAUACGGCCAUGAGGAACUUGCCCAGCCAAGCUUAUGAUUCACUAGCCGCCGUGUUGAACAAAGCAGAAGCCUUAGUCCAAGCCCCGCUGCAUUGGACGCAAAACCAGGUUAGCAUGAUCCCGAAGAAAGAGCACAUCGAGAGGCCAAUUACAUUGACCUCAGUGACAUAUCGGCUUUGGUGCUUCACGAGGCGAUGGGAAGUGCAAAAGUGGUUGGAGGCCACCAAAGUAGACACGCCGUGGGACCGUGCAACACCUGGCAACACCUGCCUGCAGGCGAAGUCAGUAGGCACGGUAAGCGAACAUAUGGUUUGUGUGCUGCUAGACCUUGAAACCUUCUAUGAUCGAGUGGACUUGGAGGUCUUGGAGCAAAGACUGUUGGAUGCCAACUUCCCAUCAAAUGUGGCGGCCCUGACGCUUCAAACCUACAGGGGAGCCCGACACAUUGUCAGUGAGGAUAUCCUGAGCGAGUCCAUCACACCGCAGCGGGGCAUCCUAGCAGGUUGCCCUUUUGCCACUGUCAUGGCCCGGGUUUUCCUUCAGCCCAUCCUCCAGGAAGUCAGCUGUAGCCCAGGGCUCCAAGGCUUAGAUACUUGGGUCGAUGAUAUUGGCGCUGACUAUGAAAGUUCCUCGCCCAUUCUUGUUGCCAAACAAGCACUUUCCGGUUAUCGUCAGCUGGCCACCCUUUUGACGCAAAGUGGUCUUAAACUCUCCGAGGAGAAGACUGGUUUCCUGGCGAGCACAACGGAGGCCCGAAAAGCACUGCAGCAGAUCACAAAAUCUUUCAAAGCAUGCGAGAUUUGGGGGUUGAUUGUGGUCUAG